AUGGCGGACGACGACGACGACGACUCUUUUGGUGAAUUCACAUUCGCCUCUAACCAGCCGACGCCUAAUUCCUCCUCUCAGAUUCCAGCCACCACCGGCGACGAUGACGAUUGGGGGGAUUUCAAUUUUGUCGGAAACAACGCAACAGAUCACAAUCUUAAUUCUCCACAGCCGCAGCCACAGAUACAGACAACGCCAAAGUGGGAGAAGAUAAAAGGAGCUUUGCCGCUAUCUCUAUUUGGAGGUGAAGAAGAGGAGGAGGAGGAAGAUAAGAAACCGGUUAUGCCUGUGGCAGGAAAUGAUGUUAAGCAAUCAUCUUUUCCUGGUAAUAGUGGUUUUCCAUCCAAUAACAAUUCUGAUAAAAGUAAUGCUAAUCUGGGUAUCAAUGACUUGAUCUCGGAUCUUUAUGGUCCGAGACAGCAGCAGACGGCUACAAAGGCGGCCGAUAAUGGCAAUGGAUUGGACUCUACUGCAAGAAGUUCAUCUGUAUACAAGGAUCCCCUUUCAAAAUCGGAAUCCUUGAGUUCUUUUAGCUUUCAUUCAGUUGCCACAAAGGCGGCCGAUAAUGGCAAUGGAUUGAACUAUACUGCAAGAAAUUCAGCUGUAUCCAAGGAUCCUUUUUCAAAAUCGGAAUCCUUGAGUUCUUUUAGCUUUCAUUCAGUUGGUGCUUCUGGGUAUCAUGGAUCUGAUGAUGAAGGCGGCUGGGAAUUCAUGGAUGCCUACUCAGAGUCCAAGUUAGCGCAAAAUGGGAAGGAUAAUAAGGAACGUUCUGAGAAGACUGUGUCUCCUCCAAGUGUACAAGAUGGCUCACAUGGACCUAAUGAUCCGUUUGGAACACCAAACAAUGGUUCGCAUAGGCCUAAUGAUCUAUUUGGAGCACCAAACAAUGGAGUUUCUGUUGAAUCUCAUGUAACUGAUAGUGGAUUCAACUCCAAGCCAAUCAUAAACAUUCAUAAUGGAUUUGCAGCUGAUAUAAAAGCUAAUUCCAAAGAUACCACAAACGAGUUAAAUUCAAAUCCACUAGGUGGAAGUGUUGAUAGUUUUGGGGAGUUUGAGGCUGCAUUUAUGGAACAACCAUCAAAGAAGAAGGAAGUAUCUGAGGAAAGCAACUCCCCAUUGGUUCUUAAUGAUGCUUCUCACAAACCAAAUGAUCUAUUUUCAUUUCCAAAUGGACUUAAUGAUUAUUCACACAAUGGAUUUGAUUUCAGACAAAGUCCAGUGGCUCAAAACACUGUCUCCUCAGAUUCAUUCUCUCAAACUGAGUCAAACAAAAGUAAAGAUGCCACUGUGUCACAACCUCAUGUUGAGGGUAAUGAAAAUGAUGAUGAAAAUGUUGAGAUAUCAUUUCAAGAAGCUGGAUCAAAGCCACAGGGAUACGAGCCAAGUCCAAAGAAUUAUAAACAACCUGUGCCACUUUCCAUUUUUGGCAUUGAAGAUGAAACUGAAGUUGAUAAUUCCUUAAAUCUUGAGCAUGAAUUGUUUAAAUCAUCAUCAUCACAUGGGAAACACAUGCGUACUCUUAGCUCAAAUUUAUCAAUAAAUGAUAUUUUAUCCGAUUUGUACAGCCAAUCAGAGCCAAUCACUUCUAAUGUAGUGAAUAAUAAUAAUAAUGAUGAUGAUGAUGAUGAUGAUGAUGGUGAUGAUAAUUUUGAUGAUGGCUCAUGGGAAUUCAAGGAUGCUUCCUCUCAAUCAAAACCUCAAAAUCAGAAUUUAUCAUUUAAAGAGAAACUAAACAAUUUCAUUGAUUUAUAUUCCAAUUUAAAGGAUGAGUUAUGUUUUGUUGCAAGACACCAUCUUCAUGGUCUAAAGAAAGCUCAAAUUAUUGCUACUCUUGCUGGUGAAGAUAUUAAAGUGGCUGCUCUUGAUAAACAAAUUCAGGAGGCCUUUGAGAAGCUUCACCAAAAAGAUAUAAUAUCCACAGAAGUAUAUGAAGAUGAUGACGUGGCACGAGUUAUUUCUUUAAACCAAUAUAUCAAAACUCUCCAUGAGCCACAUUUUCUAAUAUUCGACUCAGAAUAUAACAUAUCAAAAAGAUUGCCAUUAGCAGAAUCAGAUUUGCAAACAGCCAUUGACCUGGUCAACCACAUUACAAGAGUGUUGAAAAUUAUGAAAUUAGCUCCAAAGGGCGAAGCAUGUAAUUAUGUCACUCAAUGGUUUAAGGUGAUUCAAGUAUGCUCUCAAGAACUCAAACAUGCCACAUGGAUUUUGAAUCAAUCAUUACAAAAGAACAUCAAUCAUCAAAUAUUAUCUCAACAACAAGGUAAACAGUUUGUGAAUGCCAUUGGAGAGAUUUAUAGAGUGGUGGUGAUAUUAGGAGCAGCAGAUUUGAGGAGAGGAAUCUCAAUGCCAGCUGUCACUUUUAUCACCACGAAUAGUUCCAGAAAUGAAGAUGGUGAUAUGGAAUGGAGAUGCAUAUUUUGUAACAAUUGCAAAUUUAUGGGCGAAUUUAAUCAGCACUGAUCCUCCAAAGUUGACAUAAAUGGUGUUCUUUAAUAUGAACAAGGUGUGUAGAUGAUGUGUGUUAUUUAAGGGUAAAUAGAUUAGUUAUUGUUUGAUGAUUUUGCAGCUUGUUGUGGACUAUAUAAUAUAUAUAUAGUUUUGCAGCCAUUCUAUGUUUUGGAAAUAUUCUUAUUAAAAUUUGAAAAAAAAGGUUUAUUUGGAAAGUGUUGUCAGUGUAGAAGAUGUAAUACAAGUAUAGACCAAAAAGUGUUGUUAUUUUGGAAUGCUACAAUCAAGUGAUUUUUUAAUAAAUUUAUUUUGUUUUUUUA